GCUUGCCCAUUUCUUUAGUCAAGAAAGCAGGCCUUGCUUUUGUUCCUGAUGAGACGAUGGUGAGUAUGCAGCAUAAAGUGCUGAUUCAGUUAGACCACAUUGUCCCCUAGAAUAAAGCAGCCUUUUCAGUAGCUUCACCAUAUAAAUGCAUACAUAUGGCUCAGACAUUGAGCGCUAGUAGGCAUCAAAUUCUCACAGGCAAAGACCAAAUACCAGCAUCCAAGCAGAAUUGUAGAUAGAUCUUCUCCAAGCAAUGGAAAGUUUCAUCCAGGAGCAUGUCGUUGGAAUUCCGUUGGUUUCGAUUGCAUAUGCCGAUGAGGAAACAGAAGGGACACCUUCCUGCUCCGCCUUGAUUCGUAAAAAGAAUAAGAAGAGUUCCUUCAUUUAUCGGAUGAGCAAAUUGAGCCAGAAAAAAGAUAACUACAUGCAAGGGUUCAAAGAACACUUAUAUCUGGGACCAAAAAUUUCAGAAACUAUCAAAGGGAAACUAAGCUUUGGUGCAAAGGUUCUCCAAGCUGGUGGUAUUGACGAAGUCUUCAGAGAAUACUUUGCAGUCGAGAAAGAUGAGAAACUAGUGAAAGCAUUCCAAUGCUAUCUUUCAACCACAGCUGGUCCAAUAGCUGGAAUGCUUUUCAUCUCAACUGAGAAAAUUUCUUUCCAUAGUGAUAGGCCUUUGAAUUUAGCAUCUCCCAAAGGAGGCAGAACAAGGGUGCCUUACAAGGUGUUGAUCCCCUCAAAGAGGAUAAAGAGUGCUUCAGUGCGGGAAAAUUUAUACAAUCCAGAUGAGAAAUAUAUUGAUGUUGUUACUGAUGAUGGUUUUGAUUUUUGGUUCAUGGGUUUUGUAAACUACGAGAAAUCAUUCAAAUAUCUUCAGCACAUAAUUCAAGAGCUGAGAUGAUGUGUGUAGUUCUUUAAUCUGAAUUCUGAAACAUACUACAUACCAUGUUGAUAUGGUAUAUGUACAUUGAACACAUAGCGUUGAUCAAUCAUUUGAUUGGAAAGCUAAGUUUUCCAAUGA